UAUGGUGGCACAGGAAAGCCACUGGAGACACUGUUAAAUAGAACUCCGGAGUUCAAUAGCUCUUUUAAGGCAAAAUCGGAAUUUGUCCAGCAACCAAUAACAGAGAAGGGGUUAGAGGAGAUUUGGAAUUUUCUGAUGGGCGCUAACGAUGAGCCUUUGGUGCUUAUCAUUGAGCCAAUGGGUGGGAGAAUGAGCGAGAUAAAGGAGGACGCUGUUGCUUUUCCUCAUAGAGGUGGGAACAUUUAUAACGUGCAGUAUUUCAUGAGGUGGUUUGAGAAGCAGGAAGGUGUGACAGAGAAGCAUUUGGAAUGGAUGAGGAAGUUUUAUGGGUUCAUGGCGCCUUAUGUGUCGAGCAAGCCGAGGGCAGCGUAUUAUAACUACAAGGAUAUUGAUCUGGGGAGGAAUGUGGAGGGGAACGGGGAGAGUUACUUGGCAGCUAGUGUUUGGGGGAUGAAGUAUUUUAAGGGGAAUUUUAUGAGGUUGGCAAAGGUGAAGGGCAGGGUGGAUCCAACAAAUUUCUUCUGGAACGAACAGAGUAUUCCU